CUCUGGACCCCCAAAUCGAACUGCCUCUUUUGAUCCCCAGGGGAGCCCAAACGAAGCCCGCAGGCCCCAUUGAACGGGAAAGGCUGCCCCCCAACCCCAUGGAGUUGUAAACCCCCCCAAAGAUAUUUGGGGGGGGCUUCCCAGGCCUCGCCAGGAGUGCGUGAGAAGCAGGAGAUCCAAGGGAGGCCCAGCUGCCAUGUUUAAGACCCCCAAAGUCGGCCCUGCCAAGAGGUCCCCCCAAAAGGGAGUGCCCCGGGAGUUGAGGAUCUCGCUGGACAGUGACCUCUCCGGGUUGCGCAUCCGUGGCCCCUCGCAAGGGUCAUCCUCCAGUGAGGUGCAAGAUGAGUGGCUCCCCCACAUUCCCAAGAAUGCCCAGAACUGGUCUUGCUCCGUCAUUGGCCUCCUCUGCAUCUGUGUAAUCUUCUUCCUUUUGGUGACCCUCAUGAAUCUGAAAGUGGCCAUGCUGAAGAAGAGGACAAAGGAAGAGGCAGCUCUGUGGCAGUGGAAGAUACUCACCUUGACUGAAAUCUUCCGCGACCUACAGAUGGGCAAAGUUCUGAACUGCAGCAUAUGCAAAAUCCAGUGGAUGCAACUAAGCGAGAAAUGCUACUUCUUCCGGAACAGAAAAAUGAAUUGGGAAUCGAGCCAGAGAUUCUGCCAGGAGGAGGAUGCUGAACUGAUGGUGGUCAGCAACAAGGAUGAGAUGCAGUUCCUGAAGUUUCAUGCCUCCAUGCAUUAUUACCUGGAUCCGAAGACGUACAAAUACGACAAAUUCUGGAUUGGUUUGGUCUACGAUAUCGCGGAAAGGAAAUGGCUGUGGUUAGACGGAACUGCCUACAAGCCCAGUCGGUACGGGAUAUUGGGCGAUCAUGGCUGCGCCUACAUCCAGAAUGACACCCUUCAUUCCCAGCCUUGCGGCAAAGUAGCCAAAAGCAUUUGUGAGACAACCGUCCAGUUUGGAUGGAGCAUGUAGUCCAGUUUAUUGGCCCCUCGCUGCGCAGAUGCUGUUUCCCGACCUGUUGUGGUGUUGCAGUGGAGUGAAGCUAUCGGCCUUCCUUCUCUGUCUGAAAUGAUAUAGGAUUUCCUGUCUCUUCCAACUCUGUUAUUCUCUUGUUAUGCUGUUGUUAUUCUGCUAUUCUUUCUGUUAGGGUAAAUAAAUCUGAAUUUCUCCAGA